UUGACAGUUUUUUUACCAUGAAAAAAAGCAUAAUGAAGUAUCUCGUAAAUUGUUAACACAGUUUUCAAUCUAGUGUCACUCAAUUUAUUUUACAAUCCAUUUAUUAUUUACGUCAAACGAAGCUUGACGUCAAUUUGCAAUAAUGUCAUAAAAAAGUAACUUGUAUCAAAAUUUGUCAAGCCGUCCAGUCCAGUUCCUUAAGUUUUCUUAUUUUUAUUAUAUUCACCAGCUUUUUUAUUCUGUGCCAUCUGAAUCUUUUCUCAUUACAGCUUUGCUGUACUUUUAGUUUAUUAUCAUGUUUUCACUGAGUCUAGACACUUAGUUUUAACAUUAGGCAUUCUGGGUUUUAUUAAAAACGAGUAAAUUUUUAAGACUGAAAUAAAAUAAGUACAUAUGAAAUAAGAAAUAUUGAAAGGGUGGGAUGGGUUAUCUAGUGAAUCGUCAAUAUCUCGUCAGUUUUUAUCAUAAAAUAUUCAGUAAUUAUGACACUGUAGGAGUCUGUAGAAAUAGUUUGCUUGCUGAGAAGAGGAAACAAAAGUAAUAGUUAAAAAUGAAUUUUCUAUGAUGAGUUCAAUAUUUAAUCAAUAAUGUACUCCUCAUAACAAAUUUAGCUGAAAAAUAGAUUUAGAAAAAAUAAAACCUAGUUUUAAAAACUGACUGUUCAAGUUGAUUAAUAUGUAUUUCUAUGUCAAUAAUCAUGCUGUAAUAUUAUUUAUUUCUCAGAAAAUAAUGUCAUCCAAUGGAUUUAUCAGCUUUGCUCUUGAGAAAAAGAAAUCCAUACCAGACUGGAGAAAUAUGAGUAUUCAGGAGGUUGUUGAUCUGUGUUCUCCAAUUUGGAAUGAGAUGUCACAUGACGAGAGGUCUAGAUAUAAGGGGCGGAAGAAGGAAGGAAAAACAUCUUCAGGAAAAGACUGUUAUGGUAGAGAUUUGAAGGCUGUGAAAGCAGAGAAUGAGAGAAAGAAGAAUGAUCCAGCCAACAUGAUGAAAACUAUAAGAGAUUUGAUGUAUAGAGAGAGGGAUCCUAGCUCAGCUAUAUUUACGAUCAUACACACAAACAUCAUGACAAAGACAGAUUCUGGUAUAUAUAUUCCAGCUGAAAUCUGUGUGGUAAAGUUCAGCCUCAAACAAGGAGUUAUUGAGAUGUACCAUGAUAUACCACACUCAGGGACAAUUCCUAAAGGAUACACCUAUCAAUGUAAUCUGACCUCAGAGAGAACACACAAGAUUCCUCUGGACUAUGAGCUUUCUAAUCCUAAUGUCCACAGUAUUCUUGGAAGGAUAGAAACUAUGCUAGAGAAUCAGGUUGGAGAAAAGAUAUUAUAUACAGAGAAUAAGCUUCGAGGUCAAGUUCAAGGUGUACUCAAUGCACUCUACAGGACUCAUAUGAGGAGUAAACAAGAGUAUACUGAAGACCUUAUCUAUCCAACUACUGUCCUAGAUGUUGCUACUCUUCUCAAAGUUUGCCGGGACAUUUCCUUGGGUGACAACAUCCUGGGAGGGAAAAGUUUGCCCACUCUGGAGAAAAUAUUAUCCCGUGAAAAGUAUGUGUCUGAUGGGAUAUCUUGCUGCUACCAUCAAGAUGAUGGAACAUUUUGCUCACAGGCCCUGGCGUUGAACUGGGUUUACUGUUUCCUGGAGGACAUGUGCCCUCUCUUCAAUAUUCAUCUUAAACCUGGUUCUCAUACUCCCAACCCUGUCUAUGAGACGAGGGAUGAAGAUGGGGAUUCAGUUCUCAAUAAACUGGUUCCUCAUGGUGGAGGAGUAGAUGCAGAUACUGAGAUAGAUAUUGAUGAUGAAGAGAGAAGAUCAGGAUUCACUGGAUCAUCAGCAGACUUCAGUCAUGUCCAGAGUUUUGAGUUCGAAGGAUGUAAUGAAGACAGUGACGCGGAGAGUGUAAGCUCCAGGAGCAUGCUACAACUGCAGAUCAGAGAGCGGAUCCAGGAGAUAAAGAAGAAGAGAAGCUUGGCCCAGGCUUCUGGUUUAACUCAUCAAAGACAGGAGAAAAGUCUGCUCAGGCUCAAACUAGAGAAUAAGAUAAACUCAGCAGGAACUAAGGACUCCCUGGUUCCAGAUAUCCAGGCUGGGCUCGAGAACUCUAGAGAUCACUGCAACACUAGCUCGGAGAUCAACUGUUCUGGUUCCAGUGUCGAAGACAGGGUUAGAUUGGUCGGAUGUUGGUCCGACUCCGGGAGUUAUGUUUCUGCAAGCCAGGAGUCUUCAAAGUCAAAUACUGUUAGAUCACGUGGCGAAAUCCUGAAACGCAUCAUGGAGAUGCGAAUGCGUAACAAUUAAUUUAACCAUAUUAACGUCUUAGUCUGCACAAUCUUUAGGCCACUGAAAGGAUUUAAUUUUAGCGGAAUUUGACUGUUGAUGUUUUCCAAUUAUUUUUUUUAUUUUUUUUUUUUAAUCCUCGUUUGUUCGUUGAAAUGCUGACUAGAGCUUUCUUUUGAAUUGAACUUUUUGGUACUGGUGUAAUAUUGUAAUUAUUUUUUAACAGAAUUAUUCUCAUUUUUUAUAUUUUUUCUUGAGACCCUUCGUACAACAUUGCAUUUUUUGCCUUCUUGUUAUCAGACAAUUAUUGGUAAUAAUGUACCGUCUACCAAUAACGCUCCUCCCUUGAUCUUGGCUUGGAGUUAGUAAUUCUAUUCUGAUUAUUUGAUGUAAACAUAUUUUUUCUCAUCAAACAAUGUUAAGUUUGCUUUUUUUUCUAUUUGUAAAUUUGUUGAACCAGUGAAAUACAGGAUAAAAUAUCGUC